UUUCGGCAUAAUGCCGUCAUUGUUGUGGUCCGCGCGCGUAGCGGCGACGGCAUCGGUGUACGCGUACACGUUACGCGGGCGCAGGGCCCUCCAGCUCGUCAAUGGGAUCAAGUCGAGUCGAGAGCAUGCUUACCUACUCCUGCUUAUAACAGACGAGGCCGAGAAAGGGAAAGCAGAUCUCGCACAUUAUCCGCGCAACUCUUUGUGCGGGUUUAUUCGGUUAGUUAACGAGGAUGAGUGUUAACGUAUCCGUGGAUAAUGUAGAUCUAAUGGAACUGCUAAUCCCCUGCCGGCCCCGGGAGAGCUACUCCUUAUAGCUCGUUUCAAUGGCACUCGAGAGAGAGAGAGAGAGAGAGAGAGAGAGAGAAAAACUGGACGACACAGGGCUAAUCUCGCCGGCCACUCGAUGUGCCCGAAAACUGUUCCCCUAUACUCCCGCCAUCGUCGUGCGGUAUGGUUGCCGCGCAUUAUUUUUAAACGAUCGCACACGUCGAGAACUUCUCGGAAGAGACGGCAAAAAAGGUAGUGAUUAGCCGCGUUCGCGCCGACGACGAUUCGCGUGCGCGAGGCCGCGCUCCUAGUAUAAGUGGUUUCUGGUCCCCGAGCGAUCCUCUCGUAAAAUUCCUCGCCUCGCGUCCCGAUACAUAGGUAACGCGCGCGCGGACAGCGAAACGGCGCGAAAGGGGCGUGGGUAUUCGCAUAUCUCUCGUCGCCCCCGCCGGCUAAUUAAGUGCGCGCGAAGGAAAAAAGAGGGCUUUCCUUCGGUCGCUGCCGAGUGAGACCGCGCGAGGAGCGAGCGAGAGAAUGAAAGAGCGGAAUAUAUGGUCGGCCAUUCAUUUUUCCUGCAUGGCGCUCGUCCACUGACAAAUGCCGGGGUGGUCUCCUCUCGCCGUGAAUAUACUGACAGCUCGACUGUCCCUCUCUGCAGCGGGCUACCUCCGCCGCAACUUCAUUUACACCUAUUCAGGCCCUCUGUCUCUCUUUCUCUCCAGCUCGAGCCGAGGCCCGGCUUUUACCGUUUACGAGCUACUACCUACUACUGCUCGGCUGUCGUCGCCGUCGUCUUCCCAUUUCUCUUAUUUUUCUCCCUACUCCCAGCCUCCCUGAUCGCUGCUGUCUCAUUCUUCUGUCGUCGCUCCGGAGGAGGCCGAGGUGUUUCGAGCUGCAGCGAUUAUUGGGCUACUGCACGUACACACACCGCUUACGCUUACCUACCGCACGUGCGCGCGCUACCAUUUUCGCCGUACGCGCGAUGAUGGAUCCAGUGUGAUUGGGCCCAUUCAGCGGGCCGCGCGCGCCUGACAGUGCAGCUAACUCCGUCUAUCAUUGCGGAUCGGUCUAUUUAAUGGCGAUUUGAUCGCGCGCUAACGAGCCCGCUUAUUCAUUUGACGCGCGCGAAUUCGACUCGCAAAUUGCGGGCUUGAUUGAUCGACGCGGCGUGGGAAGAGGCGCAUCGUAAACAAAUCGAGGCCGCGCCUGUGCGGUGGCGUAAAUGGGAAAAAAAUGGGAAUGAACUUGUAGAAGGGAGUCCAUUCACAGCUGGGCAUUAUACGUGGAACACAGCCCGGGCUGAGAUGGUUCCUGUCAUCAAGGUGGUCGGUAACGGCUACUCGCUUAUGAAAUUCGUUACGCUGUCCUCCGGAAUACGGCUGUGCGUGCGCGCGCGUAUACGUAUCUGUCAGCGAUCGCGGAGGGAGACUCCGGGCGCGCGUCCCGUCCUGCGGAGCCAAGAGCGGAGAGCGGACGUAAGCCAGUGUUUUCCAACAAUCGCCCCGACUCGCCACCUUGGAGAAACCUUUUCUCUCUCUCUCUCUCUCUCUCUCUCUCUCACUCACUCUCUUUCUCUCGGCAGCUCUUCGACACUCCCGGGUUAUUUAUCGACUGGCCCGGUACUUCGUCUUCUUUCUUUCUUUCCCUUUAUUUUUUUCUCCCAACUCUCAUCUACACUGCAUAGUGCCUUCCUUUCGUUAACCUCUGGAAAAUGAGCGGCGACGCGCUCCAGAAAUUGUUGCGCUCGUAGUUUUCGGAAUUUCCAGGCCGGAAUCUGCCGGGAAAUUUCACGCGGCAUUCCGGAAUUAUGCGGAGAUGCGCUAGCUGAUAUACGCCGCGCUCGAGCCGGGAACCCGCAGCGGAUUGCUUUGUGAUUUUUCGGGCCACGAAUCAAGCCUCGUUUGCCCUCCGAAGAAAGCGUUCUUUCAUCUCCGAUAUACCUAAGUACAACGCGGCAGCUGCACUGAGAGAGAUCGACGUCAAUUCGCUCGGCGCCUUUAUAUCGCGUAUUAGUAUAGAAGAGAUUCCGCGGAACGGCAGCAGACAGACUCCUUCGCGAGUUAAAUUAACGAUCGUAAAUAUUCAAAGCUAUCUCCGCCGCACAAAAGUCCAUCUCGGCGGUCUGCUCGCCUUUUAGUCGAUGGAAGGAUAGAUCUGAAAAGUCGACGAAACAGCGUGUCUGCUUUGGAAUCGGUGCUACCGCGGCUGCCACGUGCGCCGAGAUAAGCCAGCUGCUUUUACGCGGCUCUCUGCCAGUCAGCAGUUUUCCAGAUAAAAAACGACGAAAUGAUUUAAAGGGCCUCCUGCUAAUUCCGGCGGACUUUCACUCGGCCGAACGGCAGCGUUUUCGAGGAAAAAUCGGUUUCAUAACUUUACGGCACAUACGGAGAAGAAACGGCACUGGCGUUUUACGAGGCGAUCGAUGAUUUUACGAGCUCCGCAACACGAAAAUUCACGAUACCGACGAGAUUCCCCGAAUAAGCGGCCGAGUACACAUCUCACCGGAGGAUUUCACGCGAAUUAAGCCGAGGAAAAAAAACAGAUUUUACUGUUCACGCCCUUAACGCCGCAUACAAAAUCUGCGUUGUACUGCCGGCUCGCGGUGAUAGCGUAUAGCGUCCUCGUCGUCGACGUAUACAUAAGUCGUAAAAGCGGGCCUCCGGAGCUGCGUCGGAAUGUCGAAAGCCAAAGGGAUCGAGGCGGAAGUCGCUGCCGAUAGGUAUAGAAAUAUCGAUGCUGCUGCGGCUUGUCCUAAUGCAUCAGCUGCUUGGCGUUGAGGCAAUCCAGAUGCGGGGAAAGUCUCUCGGCACGCGCGGCUGCUCCACGGGUAUAUAUAUAUAGGUAGGUUAAUACGGUUACGCUACAAUCGUGCGUUCGUUAUUUGUUCCAGCGUAUCGAUAUUGUUUAUCUCGUCGGGCUUAAUUAUCCGGGCAGAUGCGGAGAGCCGUAAAGUACAAAGCUAAACACUAUGCGCCUAUACAAGGCCGCGAUAAAGAUAAAUAUACAUACGGACUCCUUUAAUUGCGCCGGAGCCCGUCCGGGAUUUAAUUAAUUCGUCGGGGCGAAUUACGAGCACUUAAGCUAAACUGUGUACGCGCGCAGCCGAGUUAUAAAGAUAUAUAUUUUUGCGCGAAACUCUUCAAACGAAGGGCUGACACUGUGCAGUUGUGCAGGCGCGCAUUCCAGCUGUGAUUGCCUCGGAUUUUGUUUGCCAACAACAAAACGCUCGCUCUCGCUCGGUUAUUACUUAUACAUACACGUACGCGUACACAGCAUGGGCGACGGUAGCCCCUCGUCGGCGCGUAAAAACGCUCGCUUAUUCUUUCUCGUGCUGCUCCUCCUCUCUUCUCGCGUUAUAACCGCUGCCGCCGCCGCUGCCCAUAAAUUGCCGCGCUCACGGCUAAAAACUUAAUUGGGAGUCAUUGCGCGCGAAAUUAGCCGCGGCUGGUAUGCGCUCGCUCGCGCGCACAUUCUGAUCCGGGGCUCUCACUCUAAGCUCGCAAAGCUCGGAGCUGGCCGAAUGCGCAAGCCAUAACGAGCCCCCUCGAGGGAGUGAAUCGCGUCGCGGAGGAGAACUAGCGGCUAGAUUUUUUCUGACGCAGCUCUCGCGCGCUGCAGAAAAAGUGGCCGGGGGAAUCCGAGUCGGAUUUUCGCAGAGCGGCGCAGGGAAAAAGCUGUAUAUGUAUAGGUGCUGCAGCGCGACGAGUGAGAGUCGCAUACCUCGCGGCCCUGCGUUCCCACACAUGCUCGCCGCUCGUCCCGCCUUGAUUCAUGCAUUCUUUCUCCCGGCUGCCGAGAGCUCCGAAUCCCAUGUCUCUCUCGCUCUCUCUCUCUCUCUCUCUCUCUCUCUCUCUCUCUCUCUCUCUCUCUUUCUCUCUUUCUCUUCUUGCGCGAUCCGUGCACGUCCGAAGGAGACAAGGAGAGUGCGCGCUUGACAGGAGUCGCGAUUCGGGAUGUUCGCGCUCCUCGAUCAGCAAGGCGCGAGUAUAGCUACAGAAGAGCUUCGUCUCGAGGCUCGAGCGAAGAAAAGUGGGAGAGCCGCCGGACAAAGCCGCGCAGACUGCCGAGGAGCGCUGGCCGAGGGAGUGGGGAGCGACAGGGGUGUGGCCUCCUCGAGGAUCCUCCUACGCCUCCCCGUCGAGAGGACCACGUGCUGCCUCUCUCUCUCUCGCUCCUUCUUCCGAUCCUCGAGCGCCGCGCUGCACGGCUGCGCUCUGGGAUACCGCGAGAGCUUGCGAGCCGGCGCGCGAUGAUCGAUCGACGACGCCCGGCUCGUCGUUGCGCGCAACAGGUGCGCCGCUCGAUCGUCCUCCGUUUCCAGCUGGUUUCCAAGCCGCGGAAGAAGACGUCUCCCGGAGGAUCUGGUCGCGAUCCGCAAGCUUGAAAGUGAGAGAGAGAGAGAGAGAGAGAGAGAGAGAGGCGGGGCGAGAUUUAAUCGUCCUAGGGGGGGUCUCGUGCGUCCGUCUUUCUCUCUCUUCGCGGCUGCGGCGGCGGCGCGCGUUCGACGGGUCAGUAACAGUGGGGGUACCGAGGCCCCCGCGUGUUUCCUCGCGCUCGCGCACACACGGGCGCACGGACGGGGCCGUUCACCGACACACGUGCGAGCGAGCGACAGAAGGAGAGAUCGCAGCCGGACUCCGGCUCUCCUCCACAGACGAGCGCGUGUGCAGUCGCCGCAAGCCGAGAGGCCUACAUACUCGUUGCUUGUCCAAGAGUAUUGGCUGCGCGCCGAUACACCGCGUACAUUCCUGGCUAUACGUUUCCGCGCACCUCCGCGAGGGAUAGGACACGCGCCCGAGAAAAGGAACCAAGGAGAGAGCGAGAGAGAGAGGGACAGAGCGGGGGUUGCUGCCGCCGGUGCCAGGUAUAUCCAGAGAAAGAGAGAGAAAGAGAGAGAGAGAGAGAGGAAAAGAGCGGGCUCCUUUCUUCCGUCUUCGCUGCUCGCUCCCACCACCGCGAUGCGGCCUGCGAGGGUAACACCCCCGAGCCCACCGCGCGCCUAGACCCGAGUGAGAGAGAGAGAGAGAAGGGUGGCUUUUCUCGGGCCGCAGCCGAAAAUGAGCCGGCAGUAGCGGCCGGACUCUCGAAUGGAUCGACGACAGGGAGCAGUCGCGCAGGUGGAGACCGAGAGACAGCAGCACGAGCCGUCGCUCCACUGAGUUCUAGUUCGCAGUAGAGACAGUGUCAAACAUUUCGCGUUACCCGUUACACACACAGCGAGUGCACAGCUGAUUCACGGCAGAUAAAGCCAUGUCGCUCGGACAGAGACCGCGCGGCGAGAGUAUAUAGUGCAUGCAGUUCCCUCAGUGAUACACAGUGUGCCAAAGUGCUCCGAGAGCGAUUGCUCUCAUCCUCCUCCUCCUCGUCCCAGCGAACCUCGCGGAGACAUGAUGACCAUGCGGCUCUGGAUGAUGCUGGGCGCGCUAGCGGUCGCGGUGCCGACGCUCCCGGCCGAGGUCAGGACCAACAAGAACCGCGGCAGGGGAUCCAUGUGGUGGAGCGUUUUUGGCAAUUCCAGGGGCAUCGCGAAGGCCGGCGAACCGAACAACCUGCUGCCGAUGCCGGCCACCUCGCUGCACAUGGACCCGUCGGUCUACGCGACGCUGAGGCGAAAGCAGCGCAGGCUGGCGCGCGAGAACCCGGGAGUGCUGAUGGCCGUGGCGAGGGGCGCCAACCAGGCCAUCUCCGAGUGCCAGCACCAGUUCCGCAACCGCAGGUGGAACUGCUCGACCAAGAACUUUCUCAGGGGGAAGAAUCUCUUCGGCAAGAUCGUCGACAGAGGCUGCAGGGAGACGGCGUUCAUCUACGCGAUCACGAGCGCCGCGGUGACGCACAGCAUAGCCAGGGCCUGCAGCGAGGGCAGCAUCCAGUCCUGCUCCUGCGACUACUCGCACCAGUCGCGGGGGCCGUCCGGCGUCCGGGACUGGGAGUGGGGCGGCUGCUCCGACAACAUCGGCUACGGCUUCAGGUUCUCCAGGGAGUUCGUCGACACCGGCGAGCGGGGCAGGAACCUCCGGGAGAAGAUGAACCUGCACAACAACGAGGCCGGCAGAACGCACGUGUCGGCGGAGAUGCGGCAGGAGUGCAAGUGCCACGGCAUGUCGGGCUCGUGCACGGUCAAGACCUGCUGGAUGAGGCUGCCGUCGUUCCGGCAGGUCGGCGACAACCUGAAGGACCGCUUCGACGGCGCGUCCCGGGUGAUGGUGAGCAACAGUGACCGGGCCCGGGGCGUGAGCAACGCCAUCACGAGCAACUCGGCGAGCAACUCGGUGCACGCGCACCGCGAGGGCCUCUCCCGGCGGCACCGCUACAACUUCCAGCUGAAGCCGUACAACCCGGAGCACAAGCCCCCGGGCGUCAAGGACCUCGUCUACCUCGAGCCCUCGCCGCCGUUCUGCGAGAAGAACCCCAAGCUCGGGAUCCUCGGCACCCACGGCCGGCAGUGCAACGACACGAGCAUCGGCGUCGACGGCUGCGACCUCAUGUGCUGCGGGAGGGGCUACAAGACGCAGGAGAUCAUCGUCGUCGAGAGGUGCAACUGCACCUUCCACUGGUGCUGCGAGGUCAAGUGCCAGCUCUGCCGGACCAAGAAGACGAUACACACGUGCCUGUAAUUACCGAUAAUUAUCGGUACAAACUGCUGAAGAAGAACAGCGGCACCGGCUCCUUCCUGGCGAAGGAGCUCGAGCAGUGCCCCGAUCGCGCCGUCGCCGCUCGGAGCCGCUUUCGCGCUGCUGCGAAACCGGCCGUCCGAGCGUCGGCGCUCGUCUUGUCAAAAUCCAAGGAUCAAAGUAAACGCAGCCUUCUCUCUGUGCCCAGUAUUACGCGCGAAACGAUUAUUUAUUGCGAGCGCGCCUUGAAUCGAUGGGGAGAACGCUUGUACACUGCACACAACGACGUCUUGACGUACUAAAGACUGAAAACUAUAAUGAUACUUGAGGAAGCAAAUUCUUUUCUACGUUACUUACUGCGCGGCUGUUUACUCGCGCGUCUGCGCAUGAUCACGCGCGAGUGAAAGGCUCGAUCGAAUUUCCCGGGGUUCGAGAAACUAUGUAAAUAUAAAAAUAACACGAGCGUCGCUGUGUCCUAUUCUCGCUUUCGAAACGCGUUCGAUCCACUUUUUUCAAAAAAAAGGAAAAAGGAAAAGACUAUCUCUUAUACGUUAUACGCUUUAGGUAGAAUAAGGAAAAAGAAACGGCGCGGCACGGAGGAAGGUCGGAUAAAAUCGGAGCACCUCGCAUUCGAAAUACUAACGAGAGAGGAGGAUUUGUAAUUUUGUACACGUCAUUUGUAAAUAUACACACACGCGCGCGUUCUUUCGAAGACACACGUACGAUUUUUAUCCGACCUUUCGACUCUGGCGCGCGCGAAGGUAUGAAAGAGAGCGAGUGACUGAGAAGCUGCAGCCCCGAACGAGAGAUGAUGGAUAAUGAUUUAAUUGUACGUUAUUGUCGUGUACAGCUACGGAAAUUGAUAAUUUAUUUUGCGUCGCGCGCGCGAGCGAUUUGUACAUAGAGUAUAUUAUACGAUACGACAAUGCGUUAUUUUUGCUAAUAGUAUUUAAUUGAAGUGCGCGACAGCCCGGAGGUCGAUGGCUUUGUACAUAAAUAUUUUUCUAACUUGUAGGUUUACGAAUCGUAAGUUGCCAAAUCAGACCAAUCGCUUGUGUAAGCUAGUACUCUGUACCAUAUGUAAUCGACGUUUAUACAUUUUUAAAGAUAUUGCCACUGCCUUAUGAUUUUUUUUUAAUUUUUCUUUUAUAUAUUAUCUGUGCUCCUGCUAACAACGAACAGUAACGUCGCAUCGAGAUCCGAAACUACGCAUUUUUGCCAUUUUCUUGCGCUUACCUAUACUUACCUAUACCUUAACAACGUUUAUACUAAUAAAAACUCUCGAUGCGAAUGUUAAAUUAUACUGCAUACUCAGACACUGUGGCGACGAGCAGCGAACGUCUGUAUUUUUUCUUACGUGCGACGAAGAGAAGAAGCGAAAAUCCUACUACGUUUUACCAGUGCGGCCGACCUGCGAAACGGCCAACAAUAUACAUGUAUAGCUAUAUUGUGCAUUUCCGCGAAGCAACAGAAACGGUGAUCCCAGUAAUACGAUGUGCAUAUAGGUUUACGUAAUUGUCCAUAAUUUAUACACGACAGAAUAUACAGAAUAUAAAUAUAUAAAUAAUGAUGAUAAUAAUAAAAGAAAAAAAUCCUGAAUACAACAUGAAA